AUGCGCUUCCUGUGCGGACCAAGGUUAAGCUCAGUGUGUGUCUCGGAGUAUCGGCGGCCAUUAGUGAUUGUGCGGCCUCUGGCGUGUUUGCACUGACAGUUGAUGAACCCAAGUUUGACCAGCGCAAUCGCUCGCAUUUUUCGCACCGGCUAGCUGAGAGAUGGCGGACACGAGCCAGUCCGAGUCGCACCAGCAGGUGGUGACGACCACCGUGGUCACCACCACUACCACUAAUGAGCACACCAACGGCAUUGCUGAAGAAGAGGAUGACAAGGCCAAGAUUAGGCCGGCCGACAUUGACGCUGACAUGAAGGAGAUGGAGCGUCGGAAGCGCGUCGAGGCCAUAAUGAAUUCGCGUCUCUUCCGCGAGGAGCUGGAGCGCAUCAUCGAGGUGCAGAUGCGGGACGGCGGAGGCGGCACCGGCGGCCUCAUGCAGCAGAUCUCGGACAUCAUCGGGGCGUCAGGAGGGCGCGGGUUGGGAGCCGGACCUCGACAGUGCGUCCUCCCCAUCAACGACAUCCGCGGCGUAGAGUGUAUGGCCUAUGCCAAAGGCGAAAAGCUCCUCAGAUGCAAGGUGGCAGCUGUUCAUCGAUUGCUCGACCUGUACGGCUGGACGCAGGGCAUCAGCGGACACAUCACCGCCAGACUCAACCAGGACCAGGAACUCUUCCUGGUCAACGCGCAUGGCCUCCUCUUCCACGAGGUCACCGCCUCCAGCCUCAUCAAGGUUGACAUGCAGGGCGUCGUCAUUGAGUCUGGCACGACCAAUUUCGGCGUGAACGUGUCCGGUUUCUUGCUGCACUCUGCGAUUCACGCGGCGCGUCCAGACAUCAAGUGCGUGAUCCAUGUGCACACGCCAGCAGUGCUGGCCGUCUCCUGCCUCAAGUGUGGCCUGUUGCCCUUGUGCCAGGAGUCAGUGGUGAUCGGCGAGGUGAGCCAGCACCCCUACAUCGGCGGACUCGUCGAGGCGGAAGAGCGCGACAAAAUCGCCCGCAACCUUGGCCCCAUCAACAAAGUCAUGUUCCUCAACAACCACGGCGCCAUUUGCUGCGGCGAGUCCAUCGAGGAAGCCUUCUACAACGUCUACAACACGGUGCUCGCUUGCGAAACGCAGCUGAAGCUGAUGCCUGCCGGCAUCGAAAACCUGGCCCUCCUGAGCGAGGAGUCUCGCAAACAACUGUACGAUGCUGCUCACGGUGCUGAGGCCAAGCAACAGGACGGUGCUGGAAAGAGAGAGAGGAGGCUCAAGAUCGGCGACAUCGAGUUUGAAGCCCUCAUGCGGAUGCUAGACAAUUCCGGCUUCCGCACUGGCUACUUGUACCGCCAACCUUUGAUCAAGAAUGAGCCACCCCGACCAAGAAAUGAUAUUGAAGUUCCGCCCGCCGUUUCUUCACUUGGAUUCCUGCUCGAAGAGGAGGAAUUGUACCGCCAAGGGUACCGGCGUUCUGGCAAGGGCAACGACCGCACCAGGUGGCUCAACUCACCCAAUGUGUACCAGAAGGUGGAGAUCCUGGAGACGGGCACUCCCGAUCCCAAGAAAAUCACCAAGUGGGUGGAUGUGAGCAAUGAGGAGUGGGUGGCUGAAAACUCGCCGACUCAUACAAGCACGCCCGUGAGAAUCGACUGUGCGCUCCAGUUUGUGCCCAAGAAUACAAAUCCCAAGGAGUUCAAGAAGCUUCAACAGCAGAUUAAAGACAACAGGAGAGCUGACAAAAUCUCCGCAGGCCCUCAGUCGCACAUUUUGGAAGGCGUUUCCUGGGAGGAGGCGAAGAAGUUGCAGGAGGCAAACGCUGCUGCGCAGACCACCAACAAUGACCAGGUGAUCCUGGUGGGUGCUGCCUCCAAAGGCAUCAUCCAGCGCGGCUUCCAGCACAACGCCAUGGUGUACAAGACUCCGUACGCCAAGAAUCCGUUUGACCAGAUUUCGGACGCGGAGAUCGAGAAGUACAAGAGAGACGUGGAAAGGAAACAGCGGGGAGAGUCCUGUGAUGAAGAUGCCUCGGAAAGUGAGCCUUUGUCCGCUCUGGACUCGAAAGGCCGCCGACUCCGCUCACCAACAUCACCUCUGUCUCCAGCCUCGGAGACAGAGGAAGAGAGUCGUGACGGCCACCAGGUGCUGAGGAUCGAGACAAAGCAGGUGCCACGCGCUUCCAAGGCGGAGGUGGUGUUGAGUGAUGGAGACACGGCUGGCGCCGUGCUGGUGCUGACCAAGCGGCAGACGAUGCCCAUUCUUCGAAAUGUCACUAGAUCCCUGUCUGCACGAUUUUCCCUGCAAGGAGAGAACACAGUUAACGGGGACGACGCCAACCAGUCUACAUUCUCAGAGGGCUCUCCGACCAAGGAUAUGUCGGAAGAGUCGCCAAAGAAGGACAAGAAAAAGAAGAAGGGUUUGCGCACUCCAUCCUUCCUUAAAAAGAAGCAGAAAAAGAAGGUCGAAAAGUCGGCAGAGUAAGCUAGAAGGAGCAGAGAUCGUCGUUCAUUUUGCAACUCUACAGCAUUUGGUUUCUGACCAUAAUCAGUCAGCAUCACACUGUGCAUGAACAUUCUCAUUAUUUCUUUCCUCUCAAAAGCAGUCAAAAUUUCGCCGCGGUUGCUGACUAAAUUAUUUAUUGCGCUAACGGCGCAUGUCGUGCUAUUGAAUGCCUGGGGACAAAAAGUCAGUUAAUUAUUUGUGCUCCUGUUUUUUUUUAAUUCAACAUUUUAAUGAGGUACGUGAUUUUAAAUUGGAGCCUGUAUUAAUCUCUAGACAAACCUCAGUGCUAAAUGAUUAUUAUCUAUUUUUUGAACGUGUAACAAAUGAAUGGAGCAAAAAAUUUUGACUAUAAUGAUAAGGAACUGUAGAGAAAGAGAGAAAUGUAAUCCGCGGAGGCAGCUAGCUGAUUAGGUCAUUGAACCGGACAAGGUGCACAGCUGUCUGCCAUGGACACGCCUACACACCGGAGGACCGCCCACUCGGACUCUGCUUUAUCUCUGUUCUGCACCACAAGAAGUGCAUUUUCUUUCUUUCAUCCACCCAUUUCUCCGUCGGCUGCACAAUUGAUUGAUUUUCCUUUGAUGUACGAGGCCACUGCGCGGAAAGAAAAUAACGAACACUUGCUUUGGAUGACAACAAAAAUAUAUAAUACAAAAAAACCACUCGCUGGUGCUGCUGCUGCUGCUGGUGUGCGGCUGCUACGUGCUACCCCCACCCCUCUGCUGCCAAUCGGUGCGUCGAUCAACCCCUGCACCCAGCAGAGGCCGAGGGUGGGGCCGACCGGCCGCUCCAUCGGCCAGAUUGUUAGCUUUUAACAAUAAUUACGUUUGAAGUGAUAUUAUUAAUCCGAGGGCCCGUCUCGUGGACGCCGCGCUGCAUUUCUAGUGUGUUUUACCCUCUCGACCCUCCCCUACCACAUUUCCCGUCGCCCCUUUUCCCAUUCCCGACUCAAACCUUGUUUAUUGAAUAUUUUUUACACUGAAACGGUGUCCAGAGAUUUUUUACAUUAUAUUGGUCGUGACGCGUAACAUUGAUGAGAAGAAGGAUAAAUAAGGAAAGAGCACUAUUACUAUUAUGAUUAGUGAUUAUAUUGAUUGUUUUCGUCGCGGUUAUUAAAUUAUUGUGUAAGAGCCCCUCUGUGUGCCUAUCAUGGUCUGCUUGUGGUAGCACUUCAUGUAUUUUGGAAUGUGAUGAUUUUCGCGGAGGUCAUCUCGUGUAUUUUUUGAAGAAUUACGCGCGCGCGCUAUAAUGAUUGAUGAGGUGAAACAACUCUAAUUACACAAACACAACACACACACACACAUGUAGUUUGUAGAAGACAUAUAAGAAUAAAUUAAAUAAUUAUAUUUAAAUGAAUGAUGAUGAUGAAAAACAAGAAUUACCGCUGCUGCACCAUGAUUUUUAAAGAUUACUAGACUGUAGCCAUUCAUGCUCUUCAAUUUUUCUCUCAAAAGCUCUCCUGUCAGCAAUUUAAAGCUCUAAGUUUUUUAUCCUAGAGACACGCAGUUAUUAUCUAAUUAACUUUUAUUGUGUAAGUGCUUGUGAAUCAGCUGUAAAAUUGUAGCAAGGAAAAUUAUAACAUCUUACAAGCGAACAA